GGCGCGAAGAUCAAGAAUCCAAGAUGGCGGACGUGGCUAGUUCGAAAAAAACCAUUCAAUCGAGCUUAGUUACUGAUGUACUACAGAAAGCAGGACACUUAGAACAGGAAGACUUUCAUGUCUGUGUCAAGCAGAUGCUCCAGAAGGCAGAAGAAAUAAAGGUCGAUGUAUUCCAAGCCAUUUACAAGGAGUAUUCAUUUGGUGCUUUCCAAGACUUGAAUUCAUCUACUUAUGAACUGGAUUGGAGGGUGAAAAAUCUUCUGACAGACAUUGAGAAUGCUUCUAAGAGGAUCAAAGGGUCAAUACAUCCACAGCUGGAUCUUGCAGCAACAGAGCAUUCAAAAUUGACCCAAGAGUUUCAUGAAACAGAAGCCAUUGCAGAUGUUUUAACCAGACUGUGUAAGAUUCACACUGCUCUAGAUAGGUUUCCAACUGAAAUGGACACUGAAGAAUAUUGCAAGGCAGCAGAAAUUUUUGACACAGUGAAUGAAGAUCUUUCACAACUUCCAAAGGCUGGUCAGGAAAGCAAGAUUUUCACUGCGCUUAGGGAAGAAUUGAGAAGACAGCAUUCUGAAUUGAUUAAUAAAUUAGAGUCAGUGUGGUCUAAGAGUAUAACCUGGAACACUCCUACAACAGCAUCUCUAGAUAGCAUUCAUGCUCAUCUUAAGACAAAACUAACUUUUACAACAGUUGAAUCUGGUAUGGAAAAUGUAAUAAAUGCAAUGCAGGCACUAAAUGUGUUGGACAAGAGAAUCAAGAUAUUUGGAAAGAAGCUCUUACAGUUUUUCUUCAGACCCAUGAUAGUGUUUCCAAAUCUAAAGCCAUCCAUAGAGAAAACAAAACAGUCUGUAGUUGUCUCACUUGUGAAGGAUCCUACCAGGCAGAAGGUCUUAGAUCCAGGAAAAGUUUAUAUUAAGAUAACCGAGGUGUUGGAUGUAAUCAAGAACCACUUCCAUCCAAACGAAGAAGAGAAAUCUGAAAAACCUGGAGAUAAUAAUGAGAAAAAUGUACAGCUGUUCAGUUUGUUAGGGUCAGUUCUUUGGCCUGUGUUAUCAGAAGAUAUUAUAAAAGAUUGUCUUGCAAAAUCUAUUCCAAAUACAAGUGCACAGCUUGAAAAAUACCAAGAAGUCAUUGCAAAUACCGAGGAUUUUGAAUCUAAGCUGAAAUUAUUAGGAUUUCUCCAAGAAACCCCUUCUGCUCUAACUAAGUAUAUCAAGGACAUAAGUGUUCAUGUUGGAAAUAAAAAGUGCCAAGAACGUCUAGUAGCAGCUCGUGACCUGAUGAAAGAUAACAUCCAUAACACAAUAGCUAUUGACAAGUAUUCUGAUACUGCAGUUCUACGUAGCCUGGGAGAAAUAGAGAAUGCUGUCAAUGGCAAAAACGGGAAAAAGGAAUCUAGUCUGUCAAUCAAGAAUGAAGCCAACAACCAACUGAGCCCAUUCACGUUUCAACUACCCUCAUGUCGCAUUAGUGAGAGCACCAAAGAGUUGAUGAACCUUGCUUACAAAACUCUGUUAGAGGCUACUAAAUCUACUCCACAGAGUGCCAUCCAGCUCUUCUACACUGUCCGUAAUAUGUUCGAGUUAUUUUGUAAUGUUGUCCCAACAUACCACAAAGAAAGCCUGACAAACUUACCUCAGUUGGCUGCUCUACACCAUAACAACUGCAUGUACAUAUCGCAUCUGCUUCUCACCAUGGGACAUCAGUUCAAGUCUCAGCUACCCGAACCCUUGAACCAAGGUGCUGCUACAUUCAUGGACCUGGUGCCUACUAUCAGAAGCCUUGGAGAAAACUGUCUUCUGGAACAGCUCAGAAGGCAACGCUCUCAGCUGUUGAACAUCAUACGAGAUGUUGGUGGAUUAGCUGAUGCUCACGAGGAUGCUAGAGGAGAAAAAAUAGAGAGAGCCAUCAAACAGGUGUUACAUCAACUUCUUCAUCUCRAGAAGAUGUGGCUUGGUAUUUUACCAUUAAAUCUAUUCCACCAGUCACUGGGUGCUUUGUUAGAUGCAGUCCUGAUAGAUAUCAUUGACAAGGUCUUACAGCUCGAGGAUAUAUCCUCAGAUGAAGCUACUCGUCUUCAUUCUAUACUGUCCAUACUCAUAAACCGAGGUCCUGAGUUAUUCAUGGAACCUACAAAAGACAAGGACCAAUCACAGGUCGACCCUCUUAUGGUGGUUCCUCAUUGGUCCAAAUAUAAACAGGUGGUCGGUGCGCUGGAAGCCAGUCUCCAGGAUUUAGCAGACGGAUGGUCAGACGGGAAAGGGCCGUUGGCACUUGAUCUUACAGCCAAUGAAGUUCGAGGUCUGAUAAGGGCGUUGUUCCAGAAUACAGAUCGAAGAGCUGCGGUGUUGGCGAAAAUUAAAGCUGUGCAAUAAAUUAUGAGUUAUUUAAUGAAGAACAGCUAAAAUAUGGAUCGUGCCUAAUAGAGGUUUUGCACCACCACGUGACGACAGCCAUGUUAGAUGGCAGGAACAAUACAGUCGUUUUACAUGAGAAAGAAUUCAAUAUUCCCGACAUCAAAGGGAUUUUAUUGUUCUGCCAUCUAGUCACAGGAAGCCCAAGCAGUAUUAUGGGAUGACCACGUGAUGGUGCAUAACCUCUGUAGACCAGUUCCAAACAACCGCUGUAUUUCUUGAUUACAGACCCAUUUACGCAGAGUUAACCUCGCGUUCCAUUCAAGUUCCGUCGAAUUUCAAAGUGUUCGUAUUGUUGAAGUUGUGCAUUCUUUACUUUACCUUUGGUAUUUGUGAAUAUUUAAACACUGAUACAAGGCUAACCCUGUGUAAAUGAGUCUGUAAUCAAGAAACACAGCGGUAAUUUGGAACUCGAAACUGGUCUGUUGUCUAUUGUUCGAGCUUUUAAAAAUUGUGUUGAUCAGUUUGUAGAGGGUUUGAUCAGAUGUAAGUAUUUAAAUGUAAAAUAUUACGCAAGAAUUAAAGAGAAGACAUGAAAAUG